AUCCGCUUCUGAGCGCUAUAUAAUCGAGGUGCUUUCGCGUACUCUCGACUCACGAUCGACUGGCCAUGCAGCUAUACGAGUACAUACCUUGCUGAAGGGCGCGGGCGUUCACACUUUGACUCUCACUUACGCUGGCGCUGCAGCCGACCGACCAAAUGCUGAAAGUCACGUCACACCUUUUGAAUACUCUGGUCGCCCUUCGAGCUUGCAGCCACUCGGGCACUCGAGCGAUCCGAGGCACGACAACCGCAAUCAAUAAGAGGGAACCUGCAACCACAAGCAGAUCUGUGCGAGUUGCGCUUGUCAUGCAUGGCACCAGCGGGUGCAUGAGCCCAUCGCACAGCGGUAACACUUUGGCCCUGCGCCAGAGCCUAGAACUCCGACACGCCCGGCCACGACUCCCCAGCAGCAGCAGCGCAUAUGUAUAUGCAGUGAGCAGGAUGCAUGGCUUGCUUCGAUCGCAGAGGGACGACGUUGCGGCGAGGCUCACCCAUUCACCACUCAGAUUGACCUUGGUCGACGUUGAGGAAGAGCCGAUACGCGUUCGAAAUUAGUCAGCGUCAGCGCAUCAGCAACAGACCAAGUCGCCGCCUAGGAGAUCCUGAUAUAUGUAUCAAGGACGUGGGAGUUUGUGUGGUCGUGCG